AUGAUUAGAGAAAAUGAAUGCUCUGGAGCAAUCAACAUCACUUCUAGGAAAAAGCAUCACUGGACUUCAAUUGAGGAUUCAAAGUUGGUUGAAUGUUUGUUGGAGUUGGUAAAUAGUGAAAAAUGGAAAGCAAAAAAUGAGACUUUCAAAACUGGUUAUUCACAGCAAUUUGAAAAAUGGAUAUAUGAGAAAAUUCCUCAUUCAAGUGGUUUUGGUUGGAAUGAGGAACCAACGUGUGUUGUUGCUGAAAAAAGUGUGUUUGAUGAAUGGAUUAAGAGCCAUCCAAAUGCAAAGGGCUUAAGGAAUAGAGAAUUUCCUCAUUAUGAAGACUCGGUUACUGUAUUUGGGAAGGAUCGUGCAAAUGGGCAAGGAGCUAUGGGAUUUUCUAAAACGGUUGACGAGAUUGAUAAAGAGGUAGACAAUGAUGCAAAUUUUGAGUUUGAUCAUUUAUCCCCAAUAGAUGAUCUUAUUGGUAAUGCAACCAAUAGUCAUACGAGCACGACAAUAACUUCAGCGCAGUCAAGUAAGAAAAGUAGAAAGAGAUAUAGGAAUGAGGAUCCAUUGGUUGAGGUAUUGACUGACACGGUGAAAAAAUUUGGUGACGUACAAGUUGUUGCUGGUGAUAGUAUUCGAAGAAUUGCUGAUUGUUUCCAGUAUGAGACAAAAGGUGCUAUUAGAAGGAUGAAAGUGUUUGAUGAACUGAAAAAGAUUGAUGGGCUGACAAAUGAACAACGAGCCAAAGCUGGAAAACUUCUUGUCCAAAACCAAGCUUACAUAGAUUUUUUCAUCACAUUGGAUGAUGAAUUCAAGUUGGGAUUCAUACUUGGGCUCUUUGAAUGA